GCCGAGCUCCUCCUCCCCGAGCAAGGCUAGUAGUCUUCCUCCUCCUCCACCUCCUCUGGCUGUUUCUGCUGCCGUAGCGCUCGGGCUCCCGGCGCUGUGAGCAGAAAUCUAAUGAGACCCAACUGGCUGUUUAUGUAAUUCUUCACAGUCCUGUCUUAAGGCGUUGCUUUAAAAACUACCUUCCACCCAGCCUGCCUGGGCUCGGCUGCACCUUUAAGCAAUCCAGCUGAAUCUGCUCUCUCUGCCGGCACUCGGCUUUCGGCUUGGAAAGUGUAGUUUGGGGGCAACACGGAAGAUUCUUUGCCCUUUGUCACCAAGAAUAUGGAAAAUGGAACAGACGGAUUAACACCAGCUUGAUUGUUUUAAAUGCCCUUUUUGAUCAACCUCGGAACAAGACCACGAAAGGUUGAAGGAUAAUCUAAUACCAGCGCUUUGAAUGAGAAUUUGUUUCUCUGCCACAAACUGAUUUUUUAAAAUUUUAUUUUUCUGGUGGAGGAGUUGAAACAAACCUAACUUUUGUGGCAACGCAGCUAUGCAGCUUGAAAUCCAAGUAGCACUAAAUUUUAUCAUUUCAUACUUGUACAAUAAGCUUCCCAGGAGACGUGUCAACAUUUUUGGUGAAGAGCUUGAAAGACUUCUUAAGAAGAAAUAUGAAGGGCACUGGUAUCCUGAAAAGCCAUACAAAGGAUCAGGGUUUAGAUGUAUACAUGUAGGGGAGAAAGUGGACCCAGUGAUUGAACAAGCGUCCAAAGAGAGUGGUUUGGACAUUGAUGAUGUUCGUGGCAAUCUGCCACAGGAUCUUAGCGUUUGGAUCGACCCAUUUGAGGUUUCCUACCAAAUUGGUGAAAAGGGACCAGUGAAGGUGCUCUAUGUGGAUGACAAUAAUGAAAAUGGAUGUGAGCUGGAUAAGGAGAUCAAAAACAGCUUUAACCCGGAGGCCCAGGUUUUCAUGCCCAUAAGUGACCCGGCCUCCUCAGUGUCCAGCUCUCCAUCUCCUCCCUUUGGUCACUCUGCUGCUGUCAGCCCUACCUUCAUGCCCCGGUCCACUCAGCCUUUAACCUUUACCACGGCCACGUUUGCUGCCACCAAGUUCGGCUCCACCAAAAUGAAGAACAGUGGACGUAGCAGCAAGGUAGCACGUACUUCUCCGAUCAACCUCGGCCUGAAUGUGAACGACCUCCUGAAGCAGAAAGCCAUCUCUUCCUCAAUGCACUCUCUGUAUGGGCUGGGCCUGAGCAGCCAGCCUCAGCCACAGCAGCAGCAGCAGCCAUCCCAGCCGCCGCCUCCACCACCACCUCCACAGCAGCAGCAGCAAACCUCUGCUCUGUCUCCCAAUGCCAAGGAAUUCAUUUUUCCUAAUAUGCAGGGUCAAGGUAGUAGUACCAAUGGAAUGUUCCCAGGUGACAGCCCCCUUAACCUCAGUCCUCUCCAGUACAGUAAUGCCUUUGAUGUGUUUGCGGCCUACGGAGGCCUCAACGAGAAGUCUUUCGUAGAUGGCUUGAAUUUUAGCUUAAAUAACAUGCAGUAUUCUAACCAGCAAUUCCAGCCUGUUAUGGCUAACUAAAAACAAAAACAAAAACAAAAGAGAGAACAUGUAUCGUACAAGUUAAAAUGCAUCGGCCCAAGGGGGGAAUUUUUUUUUUUUUUUGCCUCCUUGAGAUUUUUUUUUUUUUUUAAAGCUUAUAGUAAGGAUACAUUCAAGCUUGGUUACAAAAUAAAACAUGCAUCAUUUUUCA